UGAAGAGUGGUUUUAGCAAGUUGGCCCACCUUAGGAUAUACUUCUACGCGCCUUGGAGAUACCGUCAGUUCUGUUAGAGUUUUGCUUUCAACUUGGGGGGUUUUGUUUUCACUCGUAAUUAAGAAUUUAAGGGUAUAAGUCGCUGGAUUGCAUGAAUCAUGUCGUCCCGUCUAAACUUGGUACGCACAUACCUCAGCCAAUCGGGGUCAUCCGGCGAUGCAGACCGGACCCAGCCACUUUCAGAGGGAACCCCUAACGAAACAGUCGAUAGUGGGUUCCAAACUCGCACCCCGGAUAGCACACCCGUUGUCCAGCGCAGGACCAUUGGUCGGGGGUUGUUGACCUCAGGUUUGGGAACAACCGGAACUGGUCCAUCCGGGGGGGAAUCGUCUGGAUCGGAUCCACAAUCCAGCGUUGCAUCAGUUGCUCCAUCAUUCACCGGCCGUGGGAGAGCCCAGUUAAUGCAGGCACUAGUUCGUAUGCCUGUGGAAACCGCUCGUUCAACCGAACUAGAUGAGUCAGGUUCGAUCAGUUCAGCCAGAGUGUCGACAAUUGGAGGAGGACGAGGGCGAUUUAUUCAAAAUCUGUUGAACACGGCGUCGAAUGUUCAAAGCGUGGUAAGUCCAGCUCCAUCUAAUGGAAGCAAGAAGGAUGAUCUGUCGGAGCGAAUGUCGCAAGUGACUAUCAGCGCAACGGAGACCGCUCCAGUUGUAAAAAUUGGAAAAAGAGGGGCACCCGUUGAACUUAUGACCAACUACAUUCGGCUCGCUUGCGAUGCGGAUCGUGGAAUUUACGAACACGAGGUCCGCUUCCAUCCCGUAGUUGAUUCUAAAGCAGCCCGAGCUCGAUACAUUGCUCAACAUGCCGCAGUCAUCGGGAACGCAAAAACUUUCGAUGGUGUCAAGCUUUUUCUGCCGAUAAAACUUCCGGACGUGGAAACGAUUCUCAAAUCACAGAAUCCAGUCGAUGGUCACGAGAUAACGAUUAAAAUCAUAUACAAGCGAAAGCAGAAAAUGAGCGAAUGUAUUCAUUUCUACAAUAUUCUUUUUCAAAGAAUAAUGAAGGUUUUGAAGAUGGUCGAGAUGGCUCGAAAAAAUUUCGAUCCGUCUGCACCGAAAUUGAUUCCACAACAUAGACUGGAGAUUUGGCCCGGAUACGUGAGUGCCGUAGAUGAGUACGAAGGAGGGUUGAUGUUGAAUCUGGAUGUGUCACAUCGUGUGCUACUGCAGACUACGGUAUUGGAUCACAUCAAAGUUCUCGCGAGAAUGAAUCCUCAAGAUUUUAAGAAUAUGGUAACGAAAUCGUUGCUUGGUGCCGUCAUCCUGACUAGAUACAACAAUAAAACCUAUCGAAUCGACGAUAUUUUGUUUGAUGAAAAUCCCACUAUGACUUUUAUGGCGAAUGGCAAACCUAUUUCAUACAUCGAGUACUACAAACAGCAGUAUAACAUUGACAUCCAUGACUACAAACAACCGCUCCUCAUCCAUCGCAAGGAGCGUCGGGUAGCCGGUCAUGAUAAACCGCAGGAAAUGAUUAUGUGUUUGAUUCCGGAAAUUUGCUAUUUAACCGGACUGACCGACGAGAUGAGAAGCGAUUUCAAAGUGAUGCGUGAUAUUGCAUCAUUCACAAGAAUAACGCCGAAUCAACGUUUGAACAGUAUGCGUCAAUUCUGCCACAAUGUGAACACUAAUCCGGAAGCUAAAGAAAUUCUGGGGGUUUGGGGUUUGCGACUGGAUAUGGAUCCUCUCAUUAUGAAAGGCCGCUGCUUCGACGAGGAAAAGGUUAUUUUCGGUAAUACUGAGGUCGGAGUGGGCAGAAAUGGUGAUUUUAACCGCGCUGUCACCAGCAAUCACAUGAUCCAAGCAGUGAACAUCAGAAACUGGCUGUUGAUUUACACAGGAAAAGAUUCAAAAGUAGCACGAUCAUUCAUGGAUUGCGUCGAACGAAGCUGUCGUCCAAUGGGUAUACAAAUUGCUCCCCCAGCGGUUGAAGUACUGAAUUCGGAUCGAACCGACCAAUACGUGCAAGCACUGCGCACAAAGAUUCGAAACGAUACACAAAUAGUGGUUCUCAUCUGUCCCACCGCUCGCGAUGAUCGUUACGCUGCCAUCAAACGUAUCUGUUGUUCGGAGAUUCCAGUUCCAUCGCAGGUCAUAAAUGCCCGGACGCUCAGCAACGAGGCUAAGAACCGUGCCAUCGUGCAGAAAAUCAUCCUACAGAUGAACUGUAAGUUGGGAGGAACACUUUGGAGCAUUAAAAUUCCGUUCCAAAGCGUAAUGAUCGCUGGUAUCGAUACUUAUCAUGAUCCGAAGCAGAAGAGCAGCUCGGUUUCUGCGUUCGUUGCUUCGUUGAACGGGAAUUACACCAGAUGGUACUCGCGUGCUUGCAUUCAGAACAAAAAGGAGGAGUUCAUGAAUGGACUGUGUGCAUCGCUGGAAAAGUCACUGAAGGCCUACCAAAAGAUGAACUGUGCUCUACCGGAGAAGAUUAUUAUUUUCAGGGAUGGCGUUGGCGAUGGCCAGCUAAAGAUGUGCGCAGAAUAUGAAAUACCUCAACUACAGGAGGCCUGCAAGUUGGUAGAAACCGAUUAUUGUCCAGAAUUUGUGUUUAUUGUCGUUCAGAAGCGCAUCAAUACCAGAAUGUUCAAGAUCGACGCUCAAUCGAACUUGGACAACCCAAAUCCUGGGACGGUUCUUGAUCACACGGUUACCAGACGAAAUCAUUUCGAUUAUUUUCUGGUUCCGCAGUCCGUGCGACAAGGUAGUGUUUCCCCGACGCAUUACAUUGUCGUUCACAAUCAGCCCGAUUACAGUCCGGAUGUGCUGCAGAGAUUAAGCUAUAAGCUGUGCUACUUGUACUACAAUUGGCCUGGAAGCGUUCGUGUCCCAGCGUGUUGUCAGUAUGCUCACAAGAUGGCUUAUCUGAUCGGUCAAUCAGUUAAACGCAACCCGGAUGAAGGCCUUAACGACAAAUUGUUCUACCUCUAAAAAGAUUGACUCUCUAUCGCCAUCUUGAGGAAGAUCUCUAUCCCAAAGAAGUUCGCCGUUUAAUCUUUUUUCAGCAUUUCCAUAUCAUAUUGUUGCGUUUUACUGUUUAAUUUUUUUUAUACGAAAAGAAUUACACAAUUUUAGUUGGCUUGUGCCGUACUUUAAAUGAACUUGAGGUAAAAAAGUGUCGGUUUGUGUGAUUCAAGAAAAAACAAUUCCAAACUCAUUACAAUUGUUAUAACUUGUAGAUGGACA